AUGGGCAAGAUCAGUGGCAUCUUUCUUCUGCUUCUGGCGGUGUUCAUCGCUGGAAAUGAUUGUGCCUUUGCCAAUGAUGACGGGUUCAACAUAAAGAAAGAAGACGACAUUCCGGUGGAAGCUGUGAUCAGGGAAAACCGCGCAAAUUCUCGAACUGUAUAUGUAAGCGCAGAGAGUAAUUACACCAUAACCUCUACCAACUACCCGAGCAACUAUCCCAACAACGCUGAUGACAUCUGGUAUCUUCAGACUGACAAAGGUCGUAGAAUCCAGCUCACAUUCGUUUCCUUUCAACUCGAGUCUGGGUGGGACAUCCUGAGUGGGGGCGAUGGUGAGGACGCAUCCACAGCGCAGCUCUUUUCCCAAUCUGGGAGCGCGAUACCUACUGACAAGGUUUCAUCAGGAAACAAGAUGUGGCUGAGGUUCACUUCAGACGGCAGUGUCGCCUAUCAAGGGUUCAAUAUUGUUGCCCGAAGCGUCGCAAUAACAGACUACAUCACUGAACCAUCCUACUCCGGCUGCAGUUCAUACCAAUGGACAUGCUACUACAACGGUCAAUGUAUUCAAGACUACCAAAGAUGCAACGGAAACUCUGACUGCUACAAUGGCGAAGAUGAAUACGACUGUUACAACUACAUCACUCAAUCAUCCUACUACGGCUGCAAUUCAUAUCAAUGGACAUGCACCAUGGGUCAAUGUAUUCCAGACUACCAAAGAUGUGACGGAAUCCCAAACUGUGACUACGGCGAGGAUGAAUACAACUGUUACAACUACAUCACUGAACCAUCCUACUACGGCUGCAGUUCAUACCAAUGGACAUGCUACUACAACGGUCAAUACUACAUCACUGAACCAUCCUACUACGGCUGCAGUUCAUACCAGUGGCAAUGCUCCUACAACGACUACAUCACUCAAUCAUCCUACUACGGCUGCAAUUCAUAUCAAUGGACAUGCACCAUGGGUCAAUGUAUUCCAGACUACCAAAGAUGUGACGGAAUCCCAAACUGUGACUACGGCGAGGAUGAAUACAACUGUUAUGACUACAUCACUGAACCAUCCUACUACGGCUGCAGUUCAUACCAGUGGCAAUGCUCCUACAACGACUACAUCACUCAAUCAUCCUACUACGGCUGCAAUUCAUAUCAAUGGACAUGCACCAUGGGUCAAUGUAUUCCAGACUACCAAAGAUGUGACGGAAUCCCAAACUGUGACUACGGCGAGGAUGAAUACAACUGUUAUGACUACAUCACUGAACCAUCCUACUACGGCUGCAGUUCAUACCAGUGGCAAUGCUCCUACAACGACACUUUCGCCUGUGCUAAUGGUGAUGAAAUCCCCAUGAGGUAUACCUGCGAUCGCAUCAUCGACUGCCUCUAUGGUGAAGAUGAGUGGCAGAACUGCGACGACAAUGAAGUCAAGAGGGACAACAUUGAGACCUAUCCGCGACGGGAAGAGCUUUUGUCGAAAGCGCAGAAGACCGAUGACCACGACCAGUAA